AUGGCCUGGAGAAACCUCCAAUUUUGGAUAGAGCCCACAGGACAUCAGCUCAACCCUCCGCGGCUGGAGGAAGACCACGACCACUCAUCACUCACUGCUCUGUCCAGACUGACCGUUCUGUCCAGACUCACUGCUCUGUCCAGACUGACCGCUCUGUCCAGACUGACCGUUCUGUCCAGACUCACUGCUCUGUCCAGACUGACCGCUCUGUCCAGACUGACCGCUCUGUCCAGACUGACCGCUCUGUCCAGACUGACCGCUCUGUCCAGACUGACCGCUCUGUCCAGACUCACUGCUCUGUCCAGACUCACUGCUCUGUCCAGACUGACCGCUCUGUCCAGACUCACUGCUCUGUCCAGACUGACCGCUCUGUCCAGACUGACCGCUCUGUCCAGACUGACCGUUCUGUCCAGACUGACCGCUCUGUCCAGACUGACCGCUCUGUCCAGACUGACCGCUCUGUCCAGACUGACCGCUCUGUCCAGACUCACUGCUCUGUCCAGACUCACUGCUCUGUCCAGACUGACCGCUCUGUCCAGACUCACUGCUCUGUCCAGACUGACCACUCUGUCCAGACUGACCACUCUGUCCAGACUGACCACUCUGUCCAGACUCACUGCUCUGUCCAGACUCACUGCUCUGUCCAGACUGACCACUCUGUCCAGACUGACCGCUCUGUCCAGACUCACUGCUCUGUCCAGACUCACUGCUCUGUCCAGACUCACUGCUCUGUCCAGACUCACUGCUCUAUUGACUUUGCUGAUUCCCAAAGGACAGAAAACAAACCAGCAGCACCACAGAGUCUUCUUCUUCUCUCCGAGCCAAAGCAAAGCGAUCAACCAUCCCUGA